CACUCAGGGUCUAAAUGUGAGACCAACAAGUUACGUCCCGAUCAUUGCAACAAACCUGGGCAAAGCAUCUACCAGAAACCAGUUUCUGCAGCACGAAAAGGUCCCACAGGAAAGAGAGGCUGCACGAAAAAUGCACUCCUGAAGAAACCCAAGAAAGUGCAUCCAGGGAAGAAGGCUUUAAAAUGUAAUGACUGUGGGAAAACCUUUAGUCAAAGCUUGUCUCUGAAACUUCAUCAGAAUUCCCACACUGAAGAGAGACCUUACGAAUGUAGUCAUUGUAGCAAAGCCUUCAGACAGGUCUCAUCCCUCCUCCUCCAUCAGAGAAUUCACAGUGGAAAGAAAAGCCACGAAUGUGAUGAAUGUGGGGAAAGCUUCACGCAAAGAACCACGCUUCUUCUACAUGAGAAAAGUCAUGGUGGAAAGGGAACCUUUGACUGUGGGAAGGCCUUGAGUCCGUGUCCAACCCUCAGGAUACAUCAGAAAACUCUUCUUGAUGAAAAUGCCCACCAGUGCAGGAAGCGUGGGAAAUCCUUCAUUCGAAGGUCAUCCCUUUCACUUCAUAGGAAGAUCCACAAGGGAAAGAAAAUCCACGAAUGCAGUAAAUGUGGGAGAGGCUUCCGAAAGAAAUCAGUCCUUGUUCUACAUAAAAGAGUUCAUGCUGGAGAGAAAACCAAUGAGGGUGAGAAGGCCUCGAGUCAGCAGAGCAGCCACCAUGUAGAGAAUCCUUAUAAAUGUAGAAAAUGCGGGAAAUCUUUUAGUAGGAUCGCAUCCAUCAUGCUUCAUCAGAGAAUUCAUGCUUCGGAGAAACCCUACAAAUGCCCUAAGUGUGAGAAGGUGUUCCAGCGGCUUUCAACCCUUAUCCUGCAUCUAAAAAUUCACAGUGGAGAGAAACUGUACAGGUGCAAUAAAUGCGAGAAGGUCUGUCAUCGGCAUUCGUCCCUCAUUCAACAUCAGAAAGUCCACACAAGGAAAAAGAAACUCUUUGAAUGUAAGGAAUGUGGGAAGAUGUUUUCUGAAACUGCCAACCUUAAAAUACAUCAGAACAUUCAUUCUGAAGAGAAGCCUUUCAAAUGCAACAAGUGUAGUAAAGUUUUCGGCCGCCAGUCAUUUCUUAUUGAACAUCAGAGAAUUCAUACCGGAGAAAAACCGUACCAGUGCGAGGAAUGUGGGAAAGCCUUCAGUCACCGAAUAUCUCUCACGCGUCACAAGAGAAUCCACACGGAAGACAGGCCGUAUGAGUGCGAUCAGUGUGGCAAGGCCUUCAGUCAGAGCGCGCACCUCGCCCAGCACGAAAGGAUCCACACUGGAGAGAAACCGUACACGUGCAAGACCUGCGGGAAGGCCUUCAGUCAGCGCACUUCCCUUAUUCUGCACGAAAGAAGUCACACAGGAGAGAAACCCUACGAAUGUAAUGAGUGUGGGAAGGCCUUCAGCAGUGGCUCGGACCUCAUCCGGCAUCAGAGAAGUCAUUCCUCAGAGAAGCCCUACGAAUGCAGUAAAUGUGGGAAGGCGUACAGCCGGAGCUCAUCCCUGGUUCGACAUCAGAAUUCACAUGCAGAAGAAAAAGCCUAAGGGUGUUAACAAAAGCAAAGACUGAGUCUCAAAGGAGCAGAUGCAGAGGCAAGGGGAAAGUGCAUUGGUCUCUAACAUACAUUUUGUAAAAAUGGGGCCGUUUGAUGAUGCUUCCCCCUUUGAAAGCCAAAGGACAAAAGUCCUUGAUGACUUUGACCUAAGAAUCUGAAGUCAGCUGAGGCAGAGACCUUAUCAUAGGUCUUCAUUCAGCUCAGAUGGUUGGAUCAGUCAUUUUUCAUAAAGACAGUUCUUCAUUUGAUAAGAAUC